AUAUAUAAUUAUUAAUCGUAAUAUAAUAAUUCCUGUAUAUAUGUUCUUCCCCUCCUUUUCCGUCUCUCUCAUAUAUUUUUUUCCGAGUAAGUUUAAAUUGAAAUGUCAAAUUGUAUGAGGAGAUAUCUAAUUCAACUAUAAAUUUCAAUUCAGUUUAUAGUUUGAUCCUACUCUAGGGAUAGUUCAUUUAUAGAUAUACCACAUUCAUAGACUGACAUCAAUUAAACCAUAGUCAAUUAAUAUCAUGGCAAAACAUCAUCAAGCCCACGCCCAGGUUGUACCACCACCUGGCUCAAGUAUAAGUAGUCAAGGUGGUAAUACUACAACAACUCAUAUUAAAUUACCUUAUGGUGAUGGAUCUAAUAAAAUCUUUGGAAUGGAGAAUUUUGGUAACACUUGUUAUUGUAAUUCGAUUCUUCAAUGUUUAUUCUAUAGUGAAAACUUUAGAGUCAAUUUAGUUAAACAUAAAUUAACAAAUCAUGAUCAAAAAUUGGUGGUUAAUGGGGUUAAAACUCAUAAUUUCACUACUAAAUAUGAACAAUUGGUGAUUAAAAAGACUAAAGAACAAGGUAAAAAUCCUCCGGCAUCAAUGUCAUUAUCAAACAGUAUGAAUAAUUCAACUAAUACCAAUAAUGGAUCUAUUAAUAAUGCGGCAAUGUCAACCACCAAUAGUACUACAACUGUUGAUACUAAUGAUAAACCAAAACCUUCUAAAAAGGGAAGCUUAUUCGGAUUAAAAUUCAAUACUUCGUCAUCUAAUUCAUCUCAUACUUUAUUAAAUAAUUCCAAUUAUAAUCAAAAUGAGGAUCUAAAAAAAUUUGCCGGUUAUAUCAUGGAAGCCAAAAAUUGUGAAGCAUUAUCUUUAGAUCAAAGAUUAAAAAUAUUAAGAAAUCCUGACUUUCAACAAUUACAUUUAUUAAUCACAAGACCAUCUCAUAAUAUAGCAAAUUCAGGUCAAAGGCUUGAUUAUUCGCAAUCAUCUUCAAUGUUAUUAAAUAAUGAACAAGCAGGAAAUAAUCCAAAUCAUAUUCCUGCUCCACCUCUCUCACAACAACAGCAACUACAACCUCAACAACAUAAUCUAAACGAAAGUGUCAUCAAUACAACAUCAGCUUGUGUAAUAGUCGGUAUACCUCAUCCAGAACCGUUUCUCAGUAUUCCUAUAAAUCCAUUCAAUCCAAAUCCUUCAUCUGAUCAACGUAAACGUUCAGCUUUGAUUAAUGGCCCAAUCAUCAAUCUUGAUACUUCUUUACAAUUACCUAGUGAAUAUUCUGACGACAGUGCUUUAUUAUAUGCCUUAAAGGAUAUGUUUGAAAGUAUGAUUGAAAAUAAAUCAACUAUUGGAGUGGUAUCACCUACCUAUUUUAUUCUGAAAUUAAAAGAAAAGAAUUAUUUAUUUCGUCAAAAUAAUAUGCAUCAUGAUGCUCAUGAAUUCUUUAAUUAUUUAAUUAAUGAAAUCAUUGAAUGUCUUAAUAAAGAGAUUGGAGUGGAAAAUAAUUGGUGUAAUGAUAUCUUUCAAGGGUUAAUUACCAAUGAAACCAAAUGUUUAAGUUGUGAAACUAUUACUUCCAAACAUGAAUUCUUUUUGGAUUUAUCAAUUGAUAUUCCUCCUGGUGAAAGUUCUUAUUCAUUAAGUUAUUCAUUAAAUAAUUUCUCCAAACUGGAAACAUUAACAAAUCAAAAUAAAUUCUAUUGUAACACAUGUUCAUCAUUACAAGAAGCUAUUAAGACUAUUAAAUUAAAGAAAUUACCUGAAGUUUUAGUUAUCAAUUUUAAAAGAUUUAAAUAUGAUGAAAAAGUAGAUAAAAUGGUUAAAUUAUUUGAUUCAAUCAGUUAUCCUUUCAAAUUAAGAUUAUUUAAUACUACGGAUGAUGAAAAGGAUUUCUCAUUAUAUGAGUUAUAUGCAUUAGUGAUUCAUAUUGGGGGUGGUCCAAUGCAUGGUCAUUAUAUCUCAAUUUGUAAAAUCAAAGCUGGAUUAUGGUUAUUAUUCGAUGAUGAAACGGUUGAAUUAGUUGAAGAUUCAUAUGUAAUGAGAUUUUUCGGUAAUGGACCUGGUUUAGCAAGUGCUUAUAUUUUAUUUUAUUCCAAAUGUACUCAAAAACCAGCUAAUGUUGAUGAAUUUGAUGAUUGUAUUAAUUUUGGAUUCAAUACUAAUGAUAUUUAUCAUGGUGAUGAUUAUUCUUUAGUAGACAAUGCUACCACUGUAAGUGAUGUAUCAGGUACUAACGCUAAAAAAUCAUCUAAUACUGAUUUUUCCAAUGAUGAAUCAAAAUCUGAGGAUUCUUCCAUUAGUUCAACUGAUGUACAAAAUAGAAAGAGUAGUAUUACAGGUGGUGGUUUAUUUAAGAAGAGUUUCAAAUUUGAAGGUUCAUCUGCUGUGGCCAAUACAACUUCAAUCAAUACAUCAGGGUCUACAGCUACUACCAUUAGCAAUACUAAUCCUAAUGCAAAUCCAUCUACAAAAGAAGAUCAUAAUUUAGUCAAGACUGAAAGUAUUAAGGAAUCCAAAGAAAAGAAGACUUGGGUUGGAGGUUUAAAGAGAAGAGAAAGUAAAGUCGAUACCAAUAUGGAACGUAAAGCAAGU